UCAAGUCUAGUUGUGAAACUCGAAGUCUUCAUGUAGGUCAUGCCCAUGAGUAAUUAAGAGUAUAAUUAAGAGUAUUUCAUGCAAGGUAUAUGUACCUUUUAACUGUGAGUCAUGGGUUCUCGAAUAGAAAAUGUGAUACGUACAGCAGUGCACACAUUUGCAACUAAACCUAAUGGCUCAUUGGUCAAUACAAAUAUUAAUCAUAAUCUGAACGCUCUGCGACAACUUCUAAAUGAAAUUUGUCCAAAUGAAGACCUGGGAUUAUCUCGCAACUCUGGCCAGCCUCGUUUCCCACUUAAUUUGUUUACAUCGAGAACUGCUCCUGUUUCAUACAUGGAAAUUUUUGAAAACCAAACUGUCAGCAUAGGUGUUUUCAUCCUCAAAGAAGGUGCUUGCAUCCCACUACAUGAUCAUGUUGGUAUGCACGGGAUCUUAAAAGUGCUUUAUGGGACUGUUAAUGUGCAAAGCUACUCACCAGUUGAUCUCCCUGCGCAAACUAAUAGUCAUUCAAUGCGACAGUCUCAGUACAUAAAAGCCAGAAGAUUUCCUGUUUCUUGCAUUAGUGAGAAGGACAGCCCUGCAAUGCUUUCCCCUUCUGAUCACAAUUUGCACACUAUUGGGACAGUUGGUGGUUCAGCUUCUUUUCUGGAUAUUCUGGCACCCCCAUAUGAUCCUGAUGGAACUUGUGGAAAGAUAAGAGACUGCUAUUACUAUGCAGAUGUAGGAGAAGGAGGGCCAUGUAAUUCUGAAAUCAGGUUGCUAAAAAGGACCUCAUGUCCUUCGUCCUUUUGGUGUGAUUCAUUAGCCUAUGGUGGGCCUAACAUCAAACAUCUUCAUCAAGAGUUUCAUUGAUAUAAGCAGAGAUAAUUUUACACAAUUUAUAUAGUAACUGCACCUCACCUGAGAUGUGUUAGGGUAACUGUAACUAACAUGUCAAAAGAAAUGUCAACAUGUCUGAAAUACACAAACUGGUGUUAAUUCUCGA